CACAAUAUGGCUGCCCAGUGAAACAGGACAGUAUGUAGGCCGAAUGAAAUAUGGAGUUUGGCCGGAUUGUCGAUGUUCUGAUCGUGAGAUUUUGAGCCAGAGAUCUCGCUAAUUCAUGGCGACGCUACUUUGUGACAAUAUGCCUGCAAAAAUAGACAUGGACUGUUGGCAGGCUACGCUGAAAGUUCACGCCUUCCCCCGUAUGGCGUAUUUGUAUGACAAGUUGUACGGGAAAUUAGAUACAUUCAAAAUAUCAUUGCCACUUGAGCCAAAAGAACUCCGGAACAACUUAGCGUCUGUCAUCGACAAUGUUUUCUGUCCAGUAACACUGUAUGUCGUGAAAAAAACAACGGAUGGCAGUUCGAUCGAAGUUCAGGAAUUUCUGUCAAAGCAUUUGUGCGAUGGGGCAGUGGAACCUGAUCGUUGUUCUGUAGACAACAUGUGCUCUAGUAUGAAGGGUAAAAAAACGCCAUCUGUGUUAUUGGCAUUGAUCUCAGGAGACUGUAUGACCGCUGAUUGUGAUGAAGUGGUCCGAAUGCUUAAAGCGCAGUGCCUCGACGAAAGAUCUCUACGGAGAAUGCUGUUCGUUAUUGACGAGAAGGUCACCUCUAGGUCACAGAUGUGCAAUUAUGUAAAUAGUCUGUUGAAGAACAACCCGGAUGUAAGCUAUCCAGAUGAAUGCAAAGGUUCUCGAAUCUUCCAUAGGCAUGACAGAAUGUUACUCAAGGUCAUUUCGCGAUAUCUAGAGGAUCAUGUUGGCAAGAAGAUCAACUACCUUCACUCCUUAUGUACGAUGCCAUUCUUGCAAAAAGAUGAUGAGAACCGCUCAAAAGAAAAGGUUCGGGUGUAUCUUCUUGAUGUGUUUCAGUCUACACAUGAAAAACUCCAUGAUUUGGCAAAACAGGAAAUCGAUCGACAGCUGAAUCUAAGCAAUGAAUGUGAAAAGCAAACUAACAGAUUUCUUGGGAGCAUUCUCCCGCAGUACGGGGUGCUUGUUACAAAACAGGCACUGCAGAGAUAUUGCUCACAAGCAAGUCUUGAAAUAAAUUAUAAACACGUGAGCUAUUUCGUGCAUGAGUACCUAUCAAGCAACUCGUCAAGCAUGUUUAGCGGAAUUGUCACUGGAACGAUCAUGUUCUCGAAAGGAAAUGUUCUUCAGCGUAAACAUUGUGGAAGUCCAAAUGCAAUCGCUAAUCAGAUUAUCCAAAUCGUUGUCGAUGACAGACAAAACAUUUCGACUGCAAUGAGUAACGAAAUUCAACAUGCUACUAGAGCAUUAAUGAGGUAUUUUGAAUUUGCAAAAGUGCAUUUGCAAGAAAUUUACGAACUGUUCAACAACAUUGUCUGUGAGAGGUUCAGUGACGACGUACAAAUCGGCGCCCAAAUCUCUCUCUGUCGGAUACCAGGAUUGAAAUCCUUCGGAUACUGGAAAGGCGACUUUGAAGUGAGCGUUUGCGAAGACAAAUGGAAGGGUAAGAUACCGUUAUUAAUGCAGGAACUUCGUGACGCCAUACGUGGAGACCAAAAUGCAAUAAAUGCAGGAAUUGCCAAAGAAAACAUUCAUUUUCGGGCAUCCGAAAAAAAAUUACAGUUCCAUUUGUAUACCGGGGAGUCUGGCAAGGAAUGCUAUGGAUCUGUUACUCUGUUCGGAAGACGAAUAAGAGACAAGCAUCUGGUCUGCUUCACAUGUAAACAUGUUGUUCCAAGGAAAAAUGUCCAUGUUAAGUUGCUUGACAAUCUUUGUGAUCAUACACAAGAGAACGGUGUACACUGCAAUUGUGUACUUUCCACUGGAGUAUGUAUCCACACUCAUGGCGUCGAAGAUAAGAACCUUCUUGGUGAUGGCUUCGUGGAUAUUUCCUGUGUAAGUGUAAAAGAGCCCUACCCGUUUGAUAUCAGCAUACAAGGACCAACACCCGGUCGAAAUAGGGUCGUAAGCGCUUUCGACAGAAAUUUCUAUCAACGACGCGGGGGUGAGGUUUACAAGAAGGGGAAAGACAACCGCACUGCUUAUGGAAAAUACGUCGACUUCCAGUACCUGACACCUAGAGAGGACGAAGAAGAAGAUAAUGAAAACAACGGGCUUUGGGAUUGCGGCCACGAUCAUAGCGUGUACAUCCCAUUCAGUGAUGGCCCAAGAAAGAUUGACCUCAUUGAAGAAACGGAAAAUUCCGAAGUUUCCUUUGGGGAUAGAGGCCAUAGUGGAGGGUUGGUCUCCUUUGUCAGCUGGAAUGGAAACGCCGAUGUGGUGACACCAGCUUUGGUCUAUGUAGGGAGAUGGCCUGACCGCGACAAGACAUUUAUGUGCUACAGACUUCACGAGGCUCUCGAGUGCCUCACACUAAACAACCGACACGCAGAAUUCUCGCUCAAUUACGAUGACAACAGUUACCAAGACAUUCAUCCAGAAACUGGCUGACGAAACCGGUACGUAUCUGGAUAUUAGGACUGACAUCCAGAUACGCUGAUCCAUCGCACCGAAAUAGCACAUCGGACAAUUGAUAUCUCAAAAUCGUGGAUCUAGCUGACAUCUAUGAAAAGCUUAUCUAAUAGGGUUCUGAUAUCAUGUGUUUACUAGAUAGUUUCGACGACGUUUGACGACAUUCAGUGUUUGCAUGGCUUUAGUUUCAUAUUUUCCAAAAUUUAAUUGACAGUUGGCUGAAAUCAUGUAAAAGAACAAAAAGGAAUUUCAAUUUCAAUGAACAUUUUGAAGUUUGAACUAAUAUUUGAUGCAAGGAAUCGACACUUUGUAUUAUAACAUAAUACCAUGUUGAUAAUGGUAAUAUUCUAUGGCCGAGUAUAAACCAUCAACCAUAUUUAUCAUGGCCAGGCUUUUCCAUCUAACGCGGUUACAUAUGGCGAUAAAAAUAAUUCUGCACGCGAAGACGAUAUCAAGGUUUUCAAACCAGACCGAAGGAAAUUCAUUGGUUGAACAAGUGUCGUCCAGAUAUGCGCAACAGAGGUAAUUGUUUCUUUACACAUGCGCAUUAUAUAUUACAAAAAUGAGUUCAAUCGUUCUCUAGUUAGACCUGGGUCACCUUGACUGAUGAUCAAAUUAGGCCAUUAUCAUCUUUAUGAUUUUGGAAUGCAUACUAAAAGCAACAGUCAUAACAAAUUUCAAUGGUCAUAAGCAUACAACUGUGCAAUGUUCUACAAUCUAGUAACACGAUGCGCUUUUUUAACACUUGAACAAUCGCAAAAGAGUGUACCUGACUUUUCUGCAGAUCAGGCGGUGACUUACCAUUUUCAGUACACUUUGUAAAAUGGAGAUUUGGUUAUGUGAAAUUGAAAUAGCACAUGGUAUAUUUGUGAAUACUUUUAUUGAAAUUCUACGCAGAGUUUCGAGGUGUGCUGGAACGUUACAAUCGGAUCAACUAUAGUUAGUAAUAUUCGGGGACAAUGAACAAAUCAAGAAUAUACCUUCUGUAUCCCACUGCACAUGUAUCGUACAUUUGUAGAAGGAGACUUAUGUUGGACCCUUGCAGAAAAUCUUCCGUGUCUUCUACGAAAGGGGACAUGGAAGCGACCUAAAUUAGUCUACCAACGCUUUUGCAACACCUGGGAUCUGUUUCAUUUCUAAUCUUACCUAUCUCCUUUCUUUCUGUCCUGUCUUUCGGUGACUUCCAAUUACAUUCACACAUGGAUGUUAACAGAUAGAUAGUCCACAGACGUAAGAGUCAAGUAAUGGUGUAUUUCUACAAUGAAAUGUUGAAUGAUCCAGUAGGAUUGUACAAAGGCACUGUACUUUACACUUCUAAUUAUUGAUAUCAGUUAAAUAAGGCACCAGCCUUUCAAGACGGAUGUGUUCGGAUUCCCGACACGAUCGUAUUAUUUCCAGAGACAUUAUUUAUUCUACCUACCAUACACUUUUUUGGGAUGGGUAUUAAGGUAUGAAAUUAGUCUUUCAAAUAGGAUUCAAGGCCAUGCCAUCUGUCAAACUCUUCGGGGUUACUUUAAAAUAAAGUGUGACAGAAAAAUCUUAGAAAGGUAAAAUGGGUGACAAGAUAGUCAAACGUGGGAGCAGAUGCUAUGAUAUAUAUGUUCGAUAAAUGCAAUCAUUCAUCCCUGAAGACACAUUUGAACUCCUCCAAUUCAAAGGUUGG